AUGAGGUUUGUUAGAGGUUAUUCUCAGCUUGCAGCACCUUUGACAGAUCUCACCAGGAAAGGGGAUUCAAGAUGGACUCAGGAGGCACAGGAGGUAUUUGAUAGGAUUAAGCAGGUGAUGAGCACUUGUCCUAUGUUGGCACUUCUUGAUUUCACCCAACCUUUUGUUCUUGAAUAUGAUGCUUCAGGAGAAGGUGAUAGUAGAGCACCAUUGACACAGGAUUGGCUUCAGGAGAGCCAAGACAUACUUAAGGCAUUUAAGGAAAAUAUUCAGCAAGCCCAGAAUCAGCAAAAGCUAUAUGCUAAUCACCAUAGGAUUGAGAGAUCAUUUGAGGUUGGAGAAAUGGUGUUCCUGCGCCUCCAACCUUAUCGGCAAAGUUCUUUGAAGAUGAGUGGGGCAAAAAAGCUCAAGCCCCAAUUUUAUGGACAGUACCAUGUAUUGAGGAGAUUUGGGGAAGUGGCGUAUGAGAUUGAGUUACCAUCAGAGAGAAAGAUUCAUAAUGUCUUUCAUAUAUCUUGCCUCAAAAAGGCAAUUGGACAGGGCACAACGACUUCUUCAAUGUUACCACCCUUGGAUGAGGAAGGGAAGUUGGUUAUGGUUCCAGUUGAGAUCCUAGAUAAGCAUGAGAGGAAAUUGAGGAAUAGGGUGAUCAUAAAAUAUUUUGUUAGAUGGAAGGAUUUUCCCAUAGACGAUGCCACUUGA